AAAAAUGUUUCCAGACAAACCUAAAUUGAAUUACUUGGUCAAAUUAAAUGAAAUUAGAUAUAUUAAGAUAUAUUCCUAAAACUUUUCGUUGUAUUUUCUAAAUAUUAAAUUUAAGGUAAACUGGAACAAUCAUAUCCAUCUGUCCGUUAUCUAACACGGUAAUCCCUGAAACUGUAAAUGGUUCGAUUUUAGUUAGCACAAUUAAACUGGGAAUCUCUAAUAAAAUACAUUCAGAUGUUUUUUAAAAGGUUUUUAUUAUAAUUAUUGAACCAAAACUUAAAAAUGGGUCCAGCUGAUAUUUCCAGCUUCCGGUGUGCAGUUCCAGGUGACGGACAGAAGAUGGCGCCAUAUCCUUCCCUGUGGAUUCUGAGCGCAGCUUCAAUUAACUCACUUUCCUCCGCGGUCCCUUCGGUCAGCUGCUGCUGCGCAUGCCCAGUGGCUCCGACAAUCCCAGAGGUGUUUGCAUGCGGCUCUGGGUUGUAACAGCCGCAUGUGGGAGGUCAGAGGUCAACGCGGCUUCAUUUGGUUGACAGGUUUUACUACCAAAUAUCGGGCUGAGUCCUGCGCUCCCAUUGGUUGAAGCUGCUGGGUCGUUUGGAUAUUUGGGUCCAGCAGAACUAGGCUGCGUUUCUGCUUCUACUGCAGAGACAGCAGAAGAACCGGGCCUGGACCGGUUCUGCUGGUCAGCAGCCAAUCAGAGCUCCCAUCUCAUUUUACUGGAUAAUUAAAGAAUAAAAAACAUUUUAAUGAUUUUAGUCACUUUAGUCUGAAGCUGAAGGUUAACGACCAUGAGACACGGUAGUGGCAGCAUCAUGCAGUGGGAUGGUUCAGACUAACUAGAGGGGCCUAGUCAAAGUCCAGGGGAAGUAGAAAAAGAAAAUAUGCACUCCACACUUUCCAGACUGUAUUUCUGUAAUUAGUUGUUAAAGCACGUGGUAUCUGACUCCCAGCAUGAUGCUGCCACCACCAACAUCCAGGCAGUUUGUGAUUCAAAACUGAAAACUUUGAUCCACCGCUUUGAAACCAGCGGGGUUUUCCUCUCCCUCCCUCUUUUUUUCUCUCUCUCUCUCUCUCUCUCUCUCGCCCUCCUGAUCGGCCCCGCCCCCCUGGCCCCCCGCCCCCUCCUCCCUGCUGUAUAUAAAACUUGGCGGCUCCUGGACUCUCCAGUUUUACGCACGCCAGGAUGGAAACGCUCCUGUGCGCGCUGCUCCCCGCUGUUCCAGCUGCUCCCGUUGGUGCUCCUCUCCGCAGCGGCAGACUGCAGCUCCCCCGCUAGAGGCGGCUCCCCGGUUCUGGUUCUAGUUGUGGACUGGAAGGAUGCUGCGGCGGGACGCGGCUCCGCUCCCUGACAGGAACCAGCUGGAGUCGGGUUCGGGCUGAGUCCAGAGCCAGACGCAGAGCGGCUCCAGUUUCCGUCCGGCUCCGGAGGAUCGCAGAGGAUGUAACUGAAGCUGAGGACUCUUUCCGGUUCCACUCACUCACAAAAUGACGCGCUGUCUCCUCCGACUGGCUCUGCUCGCGGCGUGCGUCCUUCUCUCCGCCCGCGGAGCCACCGCGCCCGACGCCGAGGCGGUGGCCGGGACCGGGGCGCACCCCGAGUCCUGCGCAUCCUGCGCCGCCUCCGCCCGGCUGGAGGAGCCGGAGCCCGGCCGCGUGGACGGGGACUUCCUGGAGGCGGUGAAGAGGCACAUCCUGAGCCGGCUGCAGCUGCGGGAGCGGCCCAACAUCACGCACCCGGUGCCGCGGGCUGCCAUGGUGACGGCGCUGCGUAAGCUGCACGCGGGCAAACUGCGCGAGGACGGCCGGGUGGAGAUCCCGAGCCUGGACGGGCACCCGAUGAGCAACGAGGUGCUGGAGGAGAGCUCCGAGAUCAUCAGCUUCGCAGAGAAAGAUGACCUGGUCACCUCCAAGUCCAGCCUGUUCUUCCUGAUCUCCAACGAGGGGAACCAGAACCUCCAUGUGACCCAGGCCACCCUCUGGCUGUACUUCAAGCUGCUGCCGCCGGCCGCCGGCGCCGAGCUGCGCGGGAAGCGGAAGGUGACGGUGAAGGUGUACUACCAGGAGCCGGGCCUGGGCAGCCGGUGGGACCUGGUGGAGAAGCGGGUGGAGCUGAGGCGCAGCGGCUGGCACACCUUCUCGCUGACGGACGCCUUGCGGCUGGCGUUCGAUCGGAGCGGCGACCGGCGGCAGAACCUGGACGUCCGCUGCGAAGGCUGCGAGGCGGAGGGCGUGGCGCCGGCGCUGAUGAACCCGAAGGACGAAGCCCACCGGCCCUUCCUGGUGGUGCGGGCGCGGCAGGCCGACGGGAAGCACCGCAUCCGGAAGCGCGGCCUGGAGUGCGACGGCAGCAGCAGCCUGUGCUGCCGCCAGCAGUUCUACAUCGACUUCCGGCUCAUCGGCUGGAACGACUGGAUCAUCGCGCCCUCGGGGUACUUUGGGAACUACUGCGAGGGGAACUGCCCCGCCUACAUGGCGGGCGUCCCCGGCUCGGCCUCGUCCUUCCACACGGCCGUGGUGAACCAGUACCGCAUGAGGGGCAUGAGCCCCGGCUCCAUGAACUCCUGCUGCAUCCCCACCAAGCUCAGCACCAUGUCCAUGCUCUACUUCGACGACGAGUACAACAUCGUGAAGCGGGACGUUCCCAACAUGAUCGUGGACGAAUGCGGCUGCGCCUGACUCUACUUCCUGUUUAUUUAACGCCACGAUGCGGCAGACUGACGACUUUACCGCAAAAUAAAUAUAAAACUAAAUAUUUA